CUUGUAAUGUUAUUGUCCGUAUCACAGCUGGACAGAGGCUGACCAUAAUCCGUGAUGAUGUAAUACAACAAUAGUAGCAUCACGCUUUGCUUACUUUAAUGUUUGUUUACAUAGUUGAGGGGAAACUGAUUUGCAGAACUGCUAAACUCUUGGAAAGUGAAAAUGUCUGGUGAAACGAAAACAUUCAGUUUAAAGUUAGUGACCUGGAAUGUAGGAGAUGAAGAACCUCUGGCAGAUUUUACAGAAUUGUUGGAUCUAAAGGCAGAUUCUCUACCUGAUAUUUAUGGUAUAGGAUUGCAGGAGCUGGUAUCAGGAGAGUUUGCUGCAUAUAAAAAUUCAUGGACAACUCUCUUUACGGACAUUUUAGGCCCCAGGGGAUUUUGUUUGAUAAAGGCAGUGAAAAUGCAGGGCCUUCUGCUUAUAGUGUUUAUCAAGAGAGAAUACAUUCUCAGUGUAACUCAUAUAGAGUCUGAAAUAUCAAAGGCGGGGAUGGGAGGAUGGUGGGGAAACAAAGGAGGAGUCAGCAUUCGAUUUGAUCUGAACGGAGUUAAUUUAAUUAUCGUUAAUUGUCACCUGGCAGCUCACAUGAACAACUCAGCCGAAAGGAUCGAGGAUUUUUUCACUAUUUUGGAUACUCAGAAGUUCAGAGAUAAAGAUGUAGAUCAUAUAUUUGAUCACGAUUUCAUAUUUUGGAUGGGAGAUCUCAACUUCAGAAUUGACAAUUACACAAGGGAAGAAGUAGAAAAAUAUAUCGAGAAGAAAGAUUUUGAAACUCUUUUAAAACAAGAUCAGUUGGUUAAAUGCAGAGAAGAAGGCCUCAUUUUUUGUGAUUUUGAAGAGGGAAAAAUUGAUUUUCCUCCCACGUACAAAUUUGAUAAAGGAACGGAUGAUUAUGAUAGCAGUGCUAAGAAGCGAGUACCAGCAUGGUGUGAUAGAAUCCUGUGGCAGGUUCAUGAGGAUGCCUUUGAGAAAAUAACACUAUCAGCUGAUCUACUAGAGUACAGAUCUGUUCCUUUCUAUGUUUUAAGUGAUCACAAACCAGUGGUGGCAACUUAUAAAGUUAAAGUAUUCCCAUGCCAGCGAUUUCCAGCACCAGUAACCUUUGAUGUCGAGAAAUGUUGGAAAGCUGGUCAAAGUGCAACAGUUAAAUACAAAAUGAAAAAAGACUCAGAACUAAUGUCCUCCAGUAGAGAUUGGAUAGGACUGUAUAAGAGUGAUUUCAAACAUCUACAUGACUAUGUAACUUAUGUGUGGGCCAAGGAGUAUGCAGAGAGAAGUCCUGAGGGGGUGGAGGUGACAUUCCCAGGGCGGUACCUUUCUUCCCCAGGGACCUACAGGGUGGCCUACAUCAGUAAUUACAAGGACACAUUGUUAGGGAUCAGUGAGGAAUUUAAGAUUGUAACCUGAGUACCUCGAUGAAGAAAACAUUUCCAGUCUGGGCAGCAUCCUGAUUUUGACUUGCCAAAAAGAACAAAGAAAUCCAAAGAAAGUGAUAUCAAUUAACAUGCUUACUUAUUUGAUAUAUAUAGAUUUUUUUUAUCUCAGGAAACUGAUCAAUUUAAUAAAAAAAAUGAGUAUUUUUGCUAUGGAUAGUUUAGCUUACUGGUAUGGAAAUUUUGACCAGAGAAUUUAUGUAAACAGAAAAAGUGCAAUUUGUGGUGCAGCCUCUUUUGUGCUGGAUUAUUGAGGUGAAAAUACUAGGUAUGUACAAAAAAGCUACAUAUUAAAGUGCUCACAGCAGAACUCAUAUUAAAAACAUUUUUUUUGUACUACUGUGCACAGCUGUGAUGGGACAUCCUGCAUUUGCUUUUAAGAUCAAACCAAAUAUUUAAAAGAGAAGAUAAUGAAAUGCUUGCUAUAUAAACCUGACAUGAUAAUGUUUUGGAAUGAGAUGAUCAGACAGCUGUAGAAGAACAAUGACCUUUCUCUCCUGUGUUCAGAUUUUUCUUACCUACUUUUUUGUACCAAUGUUUUUUUUUGUUUUCUUUCUCUUACAUCAUUACAGUUCAGUUGUUGGUACACAGGUAUUUAUUGUUGUUUUAAUCACAGAGUUGUGUAACUUGUGGUAUAUGAAUUACUUGGCUAUGAGUUAGAUAAACCUAUCCAAUAUUAAUAUGGCUAUGGUUCAUAUGUUAUAAUUGUCAUUCAUAUUUAUGUAUUAAAUGCAUGAGUUAGAGUGCCAGGUAUUCAGAAACAAGCUACAGGAAAGAAAAACACAAUUCUGAGAACCCUGGAAUCAUUUUAAUUCGAGGGGAUCAUUGUGCAUGGACAAGUAAAAUUUUGCUAGUUCUCGAGGACAUAAAUGCAUGGGUAACUCUUACAGUACUUGCAAAAGAUUC